GUAGCCGACACGGAGAGCCAUGUUGCGGCCAGCGGACCCCACGCUCCCGGGGGGUCUGGAAACUAAGGACACCGUCCACCGGAGGCGCCGAAGUUCCGUCCGCUCGGUGUCUUUGUGCGUGACACUUUUCCUGACCUGUUUGCUACAGCUUGUGCAACCAUCGACGGCAGCGGUCUGCAACCAAACAGUAUGUGACUGCAAAGGAUUGAAAGGUUAUCAGGGACAGAUGGGACCACACGGUGUACCUGGCCAGAGCGGUGAUCCCGGAGACUUUGGCCCUGAUGGUCCACCAGGACUGCGUGGUGAUGUGGGCAAUCGAGGAGAAAUCGGUACGAGCGGUCCGAAGGGUUAUCGAGGUGAUUCAGGCGAGCGUGGACCAAUGGGUGCACCAGGAUAUGCGGGACUUCCCGGUGAGCCCGGUUACCGUGGCCCUUUCGGUAUAGAUGGUUGCAACGGAACGGACGGUGCAAUGGGACCACCCGGCUAUCCUGGAAUUCCGGGUGAACGAGGCCCUCAGGGUCCGCCCGGUGCGCUCGGUCCUCGCGGUGACUCCGGUGAAGGUGGUAUAAACUCGAAAGGCACCAAAGGUGAUCGUGGAGUAGCCGGUGUGCCCGGUGUACCCGGUCUGCCAGGGUGGCAAGGUGGUCGAGGUGCUGAUGGAUUCGACGGCGAGACCGGUCCACCUGGAGACGAUGGGUUACCCGGACCGAAAGGCGAACGAGGUGAACAGAGCGAUGAUUUCUGCCCCGGAGAACCAGGAGACCCGGGUGAACCUUACCAUUAUUGGGGUGGCAAAAACGAAACGGUUAGCAGAGGCAUGCCAGGUCCGAAGGGAGAUCGUGGUUUAGAUGGAAUGCCGGGUAUGCCGGGCAUGAAGGGUGAUUCAGGCAUGCAGGGCGAGCGUGGUCAGAAAGGCUUCAAGGGUGAGGAGGGUAAGUUUGGUGAUCGUGGCAAACAGGGCAAGGAGGGUCCACCGGGUGCGCCGGGCGAAAAGGGAGAGAAAGGUGCUCCCGGUUAUGCUGGACUGGAUGGUAUGCCCGGCGACAAGGGACCGUCGGGAGAUGAUGGGCGGCCGGGACUGCCGGGAGUGCAGGGACCACCGGGACCGAAGGGUGAAUACCGACCCGAGCUCGCACCGAUCGUAAUUGGACCGCAAGGACCACAGGGCGAUAUUGGACCACCCGGCCGACCUGGUAACGUCGGUAUACCCGGCAACAAGGGUCUUCGUGGACCGAUGGGACCUCCCGGUCCACCAGGAGAUCCGGGACUUAAUGGACGCCAAGGUCCGAAAGGUAUCUCGCCUCCCGGGCAGCGUGGUGACGAUGGUGAGUCAGGUCAACCGGGAUUGGUAGGCGCUCGUGGUACACCGGGCAACGCCGGUCCGAAGGGUCAGGUUGGAUUCCCGGGCCGUAAUCUGCAGGGACCGAAAGGUGAACCAGGUACGAACGGAUUGAAUGGAGAUUUUGGUGAGAAGGGUGACCAGGGUGAUGCUGGUGAACCCGGCGACAAAGGUUUGCCUGGUAUCGGUGUUAACAUCACCGGACCACAGGGACCGGCCGGAUUUCCUGGCCGGGAUGGGCCACCUGGCGAUUUGGGCUUUAACGGUUACAACGGUCCGAAAGGUGACAAGGGUUUCCGCGGAGAGGAUUGUGGCACUUGCCCUCCCGGCCCGAAAGGCGUUAAGGGUGAGGAUGGUGAUAUUGGACGUCCUGGACUUGACGGGUACGAUGGUAAUCGUGGACUGCCUGGUCCACGCGGCUACCAGGGCACACCGGGAAAGCAAGGUCUAAGGGGUUUACUCGGUCGGAAAGGUGAACGUGGUGACUUUGGAGAACGUGGCGCACCGGGUGAACCGGGACGACCGGGUGUCAUUCGGCGAGCGAGAGAUUUUGUCGACCUGACACCCGAACUCGGCGACCGAGGAGAUAUGGGACAGCGGGGUGACCAGGGCGUGCCAGGAGAUUUGGGCGAUUAUGGCGCUGUUGGAUACCCGGGACGACCUGGUGAACCGGGCGAGUACGGUGACGAUGGUGAACCGGGACGCCCUGGACAGGAUGGGUUGCCGGGUAUAGAUGGUCGCGAUGGCAUGCCUGGUCGUAAUGCUUAUGUAAACGAGUACAAUAUCUGGUCAAUUCGUGGCACGCCUGGUAUAGUGGGUGACAAAGGUGCCAAAGGAGAGCGCGGUGACCAGGGCGAUCGUGGUGAGCCGGGUGCAAUGUCCGAGAUGACGUACAGCAUCGCGGGUGCAAAGGGUGUGAAAGGUGUACUGGGAGACCCCGGACCAAAGGGUGAAAAGGGCUACAAGGGUGAGAUGGGUUUGCACGGAUUGCGUGGCCUAGAUGGACCGGCCGGUUUACCGGGUCUCAGCAUUCAAGGACCGGAAGGAUACAAGGGCUACUACGGUGUGAUCGGAGAUCAUGGACCAGCUGGUAUGCCCGGCGACGAUGGACUACCCGGACCGGAUGGAAUACCUGGACUGCAGGGACUACGUGGUCAACGAGGUGACCCAGGUCGACCGAUACUAAUGGGCGAAAAGGGCGUGGAAGGCGAGGGCGGCUUUUACGGUGAGAUCGGAGAGAAAGGUUUCAAGGGACCGGAAGGCAUUCGCGGAAUAUCCGGUGAACCGGGAGUAAAAGGCGAGCGGGGCGAUCCAGGACCGUUCGGUGCACCUGGCCUACGUGGCAAUAAGGGUCAGAUGGGAGACAUCAUCUAUGGUGAUCGUGGAUUGCCAGGAUUGCCGGGACGCGAUGGUUUGCAGGCACCGUACGGCGAUAAGGGCGACCGGGGAGAACCAGGCAUGGAAGGGUUCCCCGGUCCGAAGGGCGAGCGAGGAGAGAUCGGCCGCGAUGGAUUGCCUGGACUGCCGGGAGACGAUGGAUUGCCGGGUGAGCGAGGUCUCCAGGGACGGAUGGGCGAUAUGGGCGAGGAGGGUGAACUAGGAGAGCGCGGUUUCCUUGGUGAUCAGGGACAUCCAGGCCUGACCGGUGCGCGUGGAAUGCCGGGAGUGCGAGGACCGAAAGGACCGACAGGUGAUCCGGGAGAUAUGGGAUUCCCUGGCCGUAAUGGAGUCCCUGGACGGAAAGGAGAGCGUGGUGAUUUCGGUGACGUGGGACCACGUGGCCGGAAGGGUAGUGCAUCGUUCAGCGGCAUGAAGGGAGAGAUGGGAGAGGCUGGAGUGAUGGGCCCGCCCGGAUACAACGCACGACCUGGAAUGAUGGGCCGAAAGGGUGAGGAAGGAGACGCCGGACAGGUGAUUGACGGUUACCAAGGAGUAAAGGGACAGAAGGGUGCACCAGGAUUCCCAGGCAUUCCUGGCCGACCGGGAGCGAAGGGUGAGCGUGGUGAUGUUGGUGUGUUUGGACCGAAGGGAAUUUCCGGGGAUAAGGGACGCGAUGGAUAUCCGGGCAUUGCUGGGCGGCCGGGACGUCCGGGACCUCGCGGACCGGUCGGUCUACGGGGUGAACAAGGAUCGCGCGGUGAAACAGGAGAACCAGGCGACGAUGGUCCACAGGGAUUCGUCGGGCUGAAGGGUAUGCGCGGAGAUGUUGGUCUGGUAGGUCCUACCGGAUUGCCAGGACUUGAAGGUGAUCCUGGUUUGCCCGGAAUACCAGGUAACGUGUUGCAGCGCUCGGCACAGCAAGGUGACCAAGGAGACCCCGCACCGGAAGGCCUGGAAGGUGAUGAAGGACCUCCCGGCCUUAAGGGACAACGAGGCUACCCGGGCCGUAAAGGUGAUCAGGGAUUACCAGGAUUUGUCGGCGAGGUUGGCCGGGAAGGAAACGACGGACCGAAGGGUCAGCGCGGAGAUCCAGGUAUGAAGGGACUGCCCGGCGAGCUAGUGUCUCGGCCCGAACGCGGCGAUCAGGGAGAAGCUGGUUACGAUGGACUGACGGGACGUCCGGGACUUCCGGGUAACAAGGGAGCACCAGGCGAAUAUGGUGCCUAUGGACGAGCGGGUCCGCAAGGUCAGCCAGGCUUCGUAAAUGGUGCGUUGAAGGGAAGAAAGGGUGAGAUUGGUUUCGAAGGAGCACCAGGACAGGAUGGAUUGCCUGGAUUGCCAGGAUUAGACGGUGUGAUGGGACCUCCCGGACCGCGAGGAAUGGCCGGUAGUAUCGGUCCGAUUAUGCCUGGUUUCCGGGGUGAUAUUGGUGAUGACGGUCUGCCAGGAUUGGAAGGUAUGCCCGGUCCACCAGGCUUCCCGGGCGAUCGAGGAUUACCGGGACUGCCUGGGUUGAGUGGCCUGUCCGGACCUAAGGGACAGCAGGGAGAGGAAGGACUGGAAGGUUACCACGGUUUGGUUGGGCUGAAGGGUAUGAAGGGAGAGGUGGGCGAUCUGCCUCCACUCUCGAACUGGCGUCCAACGCAACCCGGUGAUCGAGGUACUCCCGGUGUACGCGGUGAACCAGGCGACGAAGGAGACAUUGGACCGCCAGGCUACCCAGGAAUGCGUGGUCCGAAGGGUUUGCAAGGGUUGCAAGGAGAGGAGGGCGCAACUGGCGAGGUUGGCCUCAAGGGUGAGCAAGGUAUUGCUGGCCCACCGGGACGUAACGGUAUCGAAGGUCUGCCGGGAUUGCCAGGUAUGCCGGGCGAUCCGGCCGCACCUCCACCACCGCCAAAGAACUUGGGAUACCUCUUUGCCCGUCACUCGCAGAAGGUCACCAUCCCCGAGUGUCCUAUCAAUACGUACAAGCUGUGGGACGGUUACUCGCUGGUAAACGUCAUCGCUAGCAGCCGCUCCAUGGGACAGGACCUUGGUACUGCCGGCUCGUGUCUGCGGCGGUUCAGCACAAUGCCGUUCAUGUUCUGUGAUAUUAACAACGUGUGCAAUUACGCUUCGAAUAAUGACGAUACGAUAUGGUUGGCCACACCCGAACCGAUGCCAAUGUCGAUGGCACCGAUACCGGCGGACCAGGUCGAACGGUACAUCUCGCGUUGCAGCGUUUGUGAGUCUAACACGCGCGUGAUGGCACUGCACAGCCAAUCGAUGUCCAUUCCGGACUGUCCCGAAGGAUGGGAAGAGUUAUGGCUCGGAUACAGUUAUGCAAUGCACACAUCGGACAACUCGGGAGGUUUCGGGCAGGACUUUGUGUCGCCCGGAUCGUGCAUGGAAGAGUUCCGACCACAACCGGUCAUCGAGUGCCACGGACAUGGUACCUGCAACUUCUACGACGGCAUUUCCUCCUUCUGGUUGACGAUCAUCGAAGAUGACAUGCAGUUCAACAGGCCGCAGCAGAUGACACUCAAAGCACAUCAGACCAGCAAAGUUAGUCGAUGCAUCGUAUGUCGUCGAAAGGCCGGCAUUAUGCGGGCACUGCACGGUGGCAGUUCGAUAACUGCGUCGGCUCUGCGCAGACCAGAGACGGCCACGGUGACGCGCCCUCUGUAUCCGCCGGCUCCACUGCCACCAGCGGUUCCCAGGAGACGAGUGUCACCUGGCAGACAGCGCAACCGCAACCGCAACUACCAGGGCUAGUGAGGUGAAGGGCUAGCAGAGUAGGAAACGUUUGAUCGCUUUCCGGAUGUGCAAGCGAGUGUAUGUGCCAUUAGCGUUCGCUGAAUUUACGCAACAGGGUUAGAUUGUCAUUAAUAAGUUUCCUCCAUCUUUUUUCGCGUUACA